ACUCACGCACCGGCGACAUGGGGGGCGUCUACUCCAGUGAGAAGAUGGCAGGAGUUUUUGCCUACGAAAGUUCUGAAAUUGACUGGUGUGAAGACAACUACAAACACUCGGAGCAUGUGGUGGAAUAUUUCAACACUAUGAGCAGCUUUGUUUUCUUUUUCAUAUCUCCCGUCAUGCUCUACCUCCUGCAUCCAUACGCCAAGGAGAGGAGCCUGUCAAUCCACAUGGUUUGGAUCAUGAUGCUUUUUGUCGGGCUCUUCUCGGCGUAUUUCCACAUGACUCUGAGUUUUGUUGGCCAGAUGUUGGACGAGCUGUCCAUCCUGUGGGUGUUGGCAGUGGGAUAUGCCAUCUGGUUUCCCCGCAGACUGUUUCCCUCUUUUAUAAAAGACAGAUCUACAUUUUCACGGCUCGUCAUGCUGAUCACCGUCAUCACCACGGUGUCCUCGUUCGUCAAACCCACAGCCAACGCCUACGCUUUAAACUGCUUUGGCCUCCAUCUGCUUUACACUCUUGCGAUUGAGAUGAGAUGCUGCACUGACCCGAAGGUUCUGCGACUCGCCAAGAUGUCGGUGGCUCUGUGGGUGCUCGCCAUCGCCUGCUGGAUCGGCGACCGUUUUGGUUGCAGCUUCUGGCAGAAGAUAAACUUCUGCUACCUGCACAGUAUCUGGCACAUUCUCAUUGUGAUGGCGGUGGCUUAUGGCAGCACCCUGAUAGCUUACCUGGACGCCAACUAUGAGAUACCGUACUCACUUCCUGGGCUUCAGUAUUGGCCGUGUGAUAAAUGGGCUGUUGGAUUACCUCACAUUGUGCUGAAGAGCACUUCUAAAACACGUAAGCGGUGCUAGCGCAGUCGUGUUUUAACGUAAAGCGGAACAUUUCUAUUCAUGCACUACAUUAGCACAGUAUUUCUUCUGUUCUAAACCACAACAAAGACCUCAUCAGCAGACACCCGUUACAUCAAAUCUGUGCAACAAGUUUGUUGCCACCAACCAGAAUUUAAACCUGAAGAAUCUGAUCUCACUUCAUGACUGACAGUAGAACACAAAGCAAAAAAAAGAAUUGUUUUGUUUCCACCAAGGGUGGAUUAACAAACAGGCCACCUACACUGAACAAGAAUGCAUAAUGUACACAUCAAAUUUACCAUCUAUCUUUAUAUAUACAGUUAUAGCACAGUUAUAUCUGAGUUAUUUAUACUUGGUUGUCGUGGUGACAAUGACUUUUUUUACGAGUUAUGCAGUGACGUUAAUGUAAAUCAAACCUGUUGUUUGAGUCUCUUUCCUUUCAAGCAUUGAUUAUGUUUUUUCAUAGUUGACUGAUCUGGAACUUCAAUUUAUGUGCAUGAGAGAUGAACAUUAGCUUCACUGAUAUUUUUACACUGUUUAUCACAAUGACUAUCAAUGUGUUUUUUAAAUUACAAAAUG